AACGCGUGCACCAUCUCGGCGUUCGCCUCCCCCUCCCACUGCAGCGUUUUGAACACAGCAGUGAGUGACAGCAGCAGCCGCAGCAACUCGGGCUGCGGGAAAUCUCCUCAGGGGGAGUCAGAUCCGCUGGCUGGCAGAGCGGGGCGCACUUCCUCAGCACAGCUUCUGCUGAAAUGGGGUGGAGAGGAGAGGCGGAGCGGGAAGUGCGGUUUGGCAGCAUAGGGAAAUCUCGAGGGGGAAAAGGACGAGAUCAAGCAGUAACGUGCCGGGGUAACAGUCUUUCAGUGCAUUCUGCAGUAAAGAAACAUUCGUGCUUCUGUUAGGUACAGCCUUCGUGUGAAAGCGCCGUUUUAGCGUCUUAGUCUACCGCAGCGUUUGGAUUAAUUUUCAUGCUCAGAUUUUGCGACAGUGACGAUCAGCAGAAAUAUUUUACCAAGCUUUGUACCUCUAGCUAAUGGUACAAUGCUCUGUGCUGCUGGCUUGCUUGGAUUAUUAAGGGGUUACAGAGCUGAAAUGGACGGGGCCACUAGAAUUCCUGUCACGUUUGAUGUUGCAAAUGUCAGUUGUUGGAUUAGGCAUUAUUGCGCCAUUGACUCUCAAAUGCGCAGUAAAAUCUAAAAUCACGUUGGUGCUCAACUUGGGACGAUGCAUAUAUUGUUCCAGUGAACCCCCUACAAAAAGCAGAUCCUUCAACAUCGGUGGAAGGACCAGGCAGAUUAACUUCUGGUAUAAUACUUCAUUAAAGCCAAGAGAGAUAAAUCAGUAACAGAAGAGAUUUGCAAAGAGUUUGGGACUGGGAAAGAUCUGGACAAUUCCUGUAACACUGGGGAGAAAGGCAUGUCCCAUGAAGCUAAAAUUCAGUGAUGAUCAUGCUAGGAUUUGAGUUUCAAGAAGCUUGCUAAAGGAAUGCGUGCACAGACCCAAUAAGCACCUUUUAUUUGAUAUAACAACAAUAUCAUCAUUGACUCGCUUCAUAAAUUACAAUUUGCCUGUAAUACAAACAGCCUUGAAGUUAACAGAAUGGCAGUUUUGGAGAUUGGCACAAAUUCCUCUGUGAGCUUUGUUCCUUCAAUGUCUAUUGAUAGACUUUUCCCAGCUCUUCUAGAGUGUUUUGGCAUUAUUCUUUGUGGAUAUGUUGCUGGACGAGUGAACAUCAUUACUUCUACACAAGCCAAAGGUUUAGGAAGCUUUGUUUCGAAGUUUGCACUGCCUGGCCUCCUUUUUAAGAACAUGGUGGUUUUAAACUUCGUUCACGUAAACUGGAAUUUUCUUUGGAGUGUUCUUGUGGCUAAGGUUACAGUUUUCAUAAUAGUUUGCACGCUGACUCUCCUGAUAGCAAGUCCUGAAAACCGAUUUGGUAAAGCUGGACUCUUCCCAAUUUUUGCUACACAGAGUAAUGAUUUUGCUUUGGGAUAUCCUAUAGUUGAAGCUCUAUACAGAGAUACAUAUCCGGAAUACCUUCAGUACAUUUACUUGGUGGCACCCAUCUCACUGAUGUUAUUAAAUCCAAUUGGUUUCAUCUUCUGUGAAAUACAAAAAUGGAGGGAAAAUAUGAACACUGAACAAAGCAAACUGAAGACUGUUGCACUGGUAUUGUUACAGGUUUUUAAAAACCCAAUUGUUUUUAUGGUCAUUGUUGGAAUUUGUGGGAAUUUUAUCUUUGAACGAAAGAUUCCGGUGAUUAUUGGAGAAUUUCUGGAUGGUCUGGCAAGCUCUUUCAGUGGUUCAGCUCUCUUUUAUCUUGGACUUACAAUGGUGGGACAAAUCAAGAAACUGAAAAAAAAUUCAUUUGUUGCAAUUAUUCUGCUGAUCACAGCCAAACUGUUGGUACUUCCCCUCAUCAGCCGUGAAAUGGUGGAAUUACUAGACAAUGGUAAUACUGCAGCUAACUACACCAGCCUCUCAAACUAUGCAUUUUUCUAUGGCAUUUUUCCAACAGCACCAAGUGUAGCUAUAUAUGCAAGUCAAUACAAUAUGGAAAUUGAAAUUGUGACUCCUGGGAUGGUGAUAAAUACAUUUGUAUCUGCUCCCAUUAUGUAUGUGUCUGCUUGGCUUUUGACAAUUCCAUCUAUGCACACACAGGUGUUACAAUCUGCCAUUCAGAGCAUCAGCUUUGACAUAAGCAUAGUCACCCUUGUUUUUCUGGUUUGGUCUGUGGCUGUUAUGCUUUUGAGUAAGAAAUUUAAGCAGUUACCGCAUUUAUUCUCCAUUAAUCUGCUGCUUGCACAGAGUAUGGUCUGUUUGGGAAUGAUCAUGUGGUAUGUUAUCACCAAGCAAAAUACUCGUCUUGGUCAAGUGCUGGUCUUCAUUGUGCUAUAUUGUUCUUUGUAUAGUACGUAUGUAUGGACAGGUCUCAUUGCUCUCUCAUUACUCCUGUUGGAGAAAAAUGCAUCCAAGCAAAAAGGAUUCUUCAUCAUUGCUGGAUGGGGAAUACCAGCAUUCAUUGUGGGAAUACUACUGUUAACUGGUCACCCAAAUACACACACACUGGGAGAUUCAGCAUUCUUUUAUGGAAAUACUCAGGUUAUUAGUACAGCAGCAGUGCUAUCAUGUAGCAUUAUUCUUGCGGGUUCAUCAUUGAUGUUACUGAGUCGGAAGAGGCAUGAUAAUGCUUACCAGAUACUACAGCGCGAUUCUAUUUCCAGCAAUACGAGUGAGAAUCCUAGCCGAACAACAGCUACAAAUGUCACUCCUGAUGUAGAAUUUGCAACUGGAGAAGAAAUAUGUCCAUGUCAGAUGGAAAAUCAAAGUACAUUAUGUUGUUCCAACCAACAAGUUCAGAAUAAUGGCAGAAGUAUAAAUGAGGCAUCGUUGAGUGCAGAACAAUGUACAACAUCAUGCAAUGCUGAAAACUGCAUAUUGAUACAAGAAGAGCAGCAUUUGCAGAAUACUGAUCCACAGCUGGCCAGACAUGUGUUGCUGUGCUUGCUUCUCAUUGUAGGCUUGUUUGCUAACGUAUCCAGUUGUUUAUGGUGGUUGGUUAAUCAUGAACCAGGUCGCCUUUAUGUUGAGCUACAGUUCUUCUGUAUAAUCUUUAAUUUUGGUCAGGGUUUUAUUUCUUUUGGCAUAUUUGGGCUUGAUAAACAUUUAAUCAUACUUUCGUGUAAAAAGAGACUGGAAUUCCUAUUGCAUGGAAGAAACUUAGGAGGACAGACUGACGAUCCAUUGACUGAUGACAUAAGAUUGACUUGCCAGCAGUUUUCUCAAUAUCAUAUGGGUCAAUGUGCCAGAGACAUCGUCAAAGCGAGGAGGUGUGGUGCAGAAACCUUCACAGAUGUCUUCCGAGGCUGUGAUCUAGUGGAUUGGUUGAUUCAAGUUGGUCUGGCCCAUGACCGAGGAGAAGCUGUUAAGUAUGGAGAUCAAUUACUAGAAGGUGGUGCCAUUCGACACAUUACCAAUGAAUAUUCAUUUCAGGAUGAAUCUUUGUAUUAUCGCAUGUCGCAUGAUUUGUACAAUUAUUAGAGCUGCUUUGAAUCUACAGAUUAAAUUUACAAGAUUUUCUUCAUUGCCAUAAAACACAGUAUGAUAUAUUUUUAAUUUCUGCCUUUUUAAAAUUCUUCAUACUAUUAACCAAAGAAUUUGGAAUCCCAUUUACUAAAUAAAAUUAAGUUUGCUUCCAAUUUUUAAGAUAUAAAACUCAUGCUGCAUUAGUGUAUUGAAAGUAAUCUCGGAUCCGUGAAAGUGUUAAAUGUGACAGUAGUGUCAAGGUGGACAAUGAUUUAAGGGUUUGCCUUCCAUUGUAUUGUAACCAUAAUUGAGUCAAAGUGAUGAGAUCACAUUGAAAUACCAAGCUAAUAUUUUGCGUUUUACUUUUUGGAACAGAAAAGCUGAAAACUGCUUUUGCAACAGUUCUUUAUGGAACUAGACAUUUAAAAACUUUCAAUCUUCCAUGUGUUCAUUCAUCAUUGUAACAGCCUUGGGAUUUCUCCUUAACAUUAAUAAAAAAUAAAAAUUGACUAAAACAGGGUUAAAAAAUAGAAAUGAACUGAACAUUGAGUCAUUAAUUAAAUGUAAAUUACAUUCUUAAUGACUCCAGUCUUUAUAUAUAUCUUCAUAACGGGUGUGCUAAAGUUUGCAUAACUAUAUGUUUAAAAAUUGCACUUUAAGUUAAAAGGGAUACUUUUAAAUUCAUUUUAAGAUAUGUAAAAUACUAUGUGAAAGCUGAAUCUUUUAACUUUAUUUAUCCAAAUUAUCUGUUCAACACUGAAUUUUCAAAGAUCAAGAAAGAGCCUGAUAAAAUAGAGAUGGGUUGACAUCCCUAUUUAAGUUACUUUUAGCUGUAUGGUAAAAUAAUUUAAAAAGCAUAUAAAUUUUUGGAAUGUAAGGUUUUGGUAUUAUAAUAUUUUGAUAUGUUUAGUAUGUCCCCAUGUCCUGUACAAAUGAAGAAAUAAAACAGUUUUAAUACUCGAGUUUUUAGAAGACUGGAAUAGUUUUGUAUUUUAAUGUGUAGUCAGAUAAUAUAUGGCUGAACUUGAAAUUCAGAUUUCAUUUGUGUUCAUUUAAACAUUGCAUAUCUUGAGAUAAGACCCUAUCAUUCUUCAGUUUGUUGAUUUUGAUUUUGGUUUCUUCUGUAGAGUAAUUUUUUUUUAACUUAUUAAGCUGCAACUAAAUUUAAGUAGUGAAAUUAUGAUGUUUAUUUGUCUGGAGAAAGUUCCAGUGGUAUGUGAACAUUAAAUGAAAGUGCUCAGAAAA